UCUGCGCUAUGGAGUCCAUAUCGCGAUUCAGAAGCGUGCUUUUGACGUGUCUCAGCUCUCGUGGACAUGGAGAGCAAGAGCUUUUUGACGAACUCAUGAUGCACAAGCAGAGGCUGCUUGAGCUGUUUGAGGUAGGACAGAGCAGUCAGCAGGAACAACAAGAGCUGCGAAGUGGAAGGAUCACGAUCAAUGGCAGGUCAUUUGCCGUCAAUGCGGAUUUUGCUCAGCAGGCAAUAUUCCUUGCCCAGCAGCUCAAGUCAUCCGAGAAAUACAUCGCGAGCAUACUGCAUUCUGUCAUGACCGAAAACCCAAAUAUCGGUCCAGUCGGUUGCAUAGAAGCCACAGUCGUUGAAUUUCAUCAAAGACGACGUCAUUUGGUCGACUGUCUGCGUUACAUCUUUGAGGCUGCAGAGUUGGCUGAGUUGCCAGAUGCACUGCGACUUUACAAACGGCUAGAUGCUUUUGCUAGGCAGGAUCUCGUCCCGCCUACGAAGGGACCAGGGGGAGAGGUAUCGCUGGCGUUACGAAUAUUCAAAGAGCUAGAGAACUUGGGGAACACAGUUGCACGGGCGCAACAAGCAAAACAGUGCGCCGUGAGCAAUACUGUAGCUCCUUCUGGUGGUUCACCCACUUUGGGCUACGACAUCCUCAGUGCACGUUGCGACUCGCUCAAAUACGAGAGACGAUACCUUGCCACUGUCUACUUCCAGAUUGCCCGUCUUGGAUGUCUCACAGUCUCCGACAUUCGCACUUCACUCGAUUGGCUAUCUGUGAAUCCCAACGACGCCAUGACAUUCUAUGUCUUGGCCGCUAUUCUGGCUGCCUUUGAUUUGGUAGACCCCUCGUCUGUCGGUGGCAAGAAUCGCCAACGCCUGGCUACAGACAAUGCAAUGAUAUCAUAUACGAAGCAAAAGCUCUCUCGCAAUACGGAGUGGAAGGACACGGGUUUAAAAGCAACUGUAUUGCUAAAGUGGACUCUCCUCUUAACCGAGACUCGUCACCGCGACCCCUCUCUGGAGGCCAGGGAGGGUUUUAAAACUACAGAGCUGGAGACUCAAAUUUGGAAUGCGGUCCAGGGCGAUGCCUUUACGUACCUCACCACAGCGCUUAUCCAGUUGUCGAGAAGUUCACCAGCAACGUCAUUCGCUGCCUUCAUUGAGCUUACGCCCGAGCAGGAGCAACUAAGAGAACCGCCUCAUGAAGACUUUAAGCUGGCCGUUCUGAAUGCUUGCGACGCGCUGGUGCGUUCGGUGAUCACAUGUGCAUCCUCGGAGCUACGCAAAAUCAAACAACGUCAAGAGGAUAUUGUUCUCGCCAGUGCACGUCUAUUCCGGUCGGUGACACAUUCCGGGCAAGACUCAGAUUCUCAAGCAAAUCCACGCAACGACAUCGCCAUGCUGUACUCGUUUAUAGGUCUUCUAUACUCCAUACUUCCUCCCGAACGAGCUUUGCAGUUUUGGGGGGCUACACCACUCACUGAAACCCAUCGUCUUACGUACAUGGAGAUCGCGGAGACCAACGCAGGCAGGCUUCCUUCUUUCCUUCAGUGGGCAGUAUGGUCCACACAGACUCGUGAUGUUGUCAUGACCACUGCGCUAUACGACAUGCUGUCUGGUUUAGCAAAAGGCCAACAAUGCAGCGAGCUCGCAUAUAAUUUCCUUGCUAGAGGUGGUGUAGAAGUCGUACCAGGAAGCAGCCUCGCUGCCAGCUCAUCUCACUACAGUGCUGGUUCGGCUGUAUCCUGGACACUCAUAUUCGCUCUGCUAGAAUCCUGGGCAGUUCCCUCCUCCAGCCCCAAGCCCCAUCCACCUCCGCAACAGAACUUGGGAACAUCAUUCAGUGGUUUCAGGUCAUCUCAUUUCGCCGAGUCUCAAGCUGCCUCCCAACAACAGCAGCAGAAACAGGUUGUAAUAGGACCUAACGAUGUUUUACUUGCCCAAUCGUUCCUCCGCCUUCUAUCUACGGUGGUUUCGUGCUCAGUCGCUGUCCGCCUCGCGGUCUCGGGAAACACGCACUUCAGGGCUAUUCCAACGCUGGUCUCGCUGAUACCUCUUGGGAUACCCUUGGAGCUGAAGGGAGCAAUUUUUGACACCCUAGCAGCUUUUUGUGAACCUGGAGCGGGUGUUGCUGGAGUGGAGAUAUGCAGAUCGGUAUGGACGUUGAUGGAGCGGCUAGAGGUCAUAAACGUCCGUGCAAGUUCCUCCCGUGUUGGCGGAGUGUUGCAUCCCGUCAAGGGCGUCGAGGUGGAGUUGGACGAGGUUGAAGCUAUUCACAAGCUCUAUCCUGCUACGGUUCCGUUCCUCAAUCUCCUUAGCACACUCAUCCACACUCCCAAACGCCUUUCCUUGAAGGACCUCAUCACAGAUUCGGAGCCACUGAACACCAUUCCUGAUGCCCUUGGUCAACCAUACCGUCUUCCCGGAAUUGGACCUUACAUAUCCUUCGUCAUCGACAACGUUUUCGCUAAUAUCCCCCGGAGAGAGUACAGGCGACCUUCAGAUAGGUGGCAGAUGAAUGACUUGUGCUUAUCCUUCGUCGAGCGAGUCCUCGCCAGCUACGAUCUAGAGCUGUUGGUCUCGUCAGGUGAAGAUGUCGUCUUAAAGCGAGAGGCCAUUGUUCCCCUCCUCGUCCACCCAGGGUAUGACAUAAUGCAGCGUCUCUUGACAAACUCGCUGUUGCAAACCAGUAUCUUGACGUACAUCGUCGAUGGCGUAGAAGGCUUUGAGAAAGGUUUCGCUGAUGAAGAACCGCAUUUCAAGAAUACGAUCGUGCGCGUUUUGCGGGUCGUCCACCGCGUUCUGGAUAUUCAGGAUAUCUUCCUUGACGUUCUUGUGCCACUCCUCACGGAGUUUGAUGGCUCGCAGUUUGUCGGCGUCGCUCAUGCUCGGUCAUAUUAUACGCGUUUCGACCAAGCGUUGUCGUAUGGCACACAGCAUAUUCCUGCAAUUGCUGCGUAUGUAGUGUACCCUGCAUACCCUGAGCUUGUCCUUCUCGCUGUCAAGAUUGUCACGCAACUGUCGUCGUCGGUCAGCAACCUAACCACCCUCGUCGAGCGCAGCAAUGACUCGGAUCGUGUCCUCAGCGGCUUCAAGCAACUACUCAGCGUUGAGUCAUUUGACAAUGUGGAUGCUAGUGAAACGCAGGCUGAACAGGUGACGGGCGCUGGUGCUCCUGAUAGAGAAGCGCAAGAAUCACUCGAUCAAGCGAUACGACUUGCCAUCCUUGAAUUGCUCAUCCAGAACACGCGACCAAACCGACCAUAUCCCACCAUCGGUCAUUUCCUGUUGUUCGGUGGCCCAGAAAACGAGCAUCAAAUCCAAGAUCCACACGCGUUGGGUGUGCACAGAACGUGUGCCCACGUCAUCUUUGACCUUGUCAACGCUGGAGUACCUAGAGUGCAUAGCAAAGGCAAAGAACGCGAACGCGAACGUCGACUUGCGCGUCAGGUUGAUCCAUUGUUCAUUUCCAUCCCUGCUUUGGCAGAGCGUUGCUAUCAGGUCAUCCAUCAACUCUGUGUGCAUCCACGGACAUCAGAGGCCACCAUGCGGUACCUCCGCACGCGAGAAGACUUCUUCGCCCGCCAUCUUGCAGCCAUACCUUCCAAAGCCCCGGAAACGCAUGACGAGCCUGUCAUUGAGGUCCUAUAUCAUGAUGGUUCUCGCGUUAUCACCAGCGUAUCAGCUCUGCGGUCAUUCAUGGGUGUACGCUCUCGCAUCCUGGAUCUAGUAUCGCUUGAUCUCCAUGUCCUGACCCGCAAAGGCCACCACAAGGGCGUUUUGGAGGUUUUGCAAAUUAUAUUCGGCUCGGAGGCUAUGACUGGCGAGGAUGUGCUCGAAUGGGAUGUGGAUGCGCUGCAGCCGUUCCAGGAGAUGGGCCAGUCUCAUCUUCGGAUCAUCGAGUCCGUGCAGUCCCUCAGCUUUGAUUGGUCAGACAGUUUAACCGUUCAUCCUGUCGACCUGGAGCUCCUUGGUCAGUUGAACCUCCAGUCCUGCAUCCGUGUGGAUGGCACUGGGUGUGAAGUCGUUGAUAGAUCUGCGCUAUUAUCCCUGUUGACGCUCGCUCGACGUUCCCUCCACGCCCAAGGCCGAAUCACCAGUAGCGCGCACGCUGACAAAUUAAACGCUGAGACCUCGUACGUCUUGGAGAGCUGUGCAAUCGAGAACCAUCGCCGUGAGGUUGCUUUUGCUGUUGCUACCGGAUAUGAAGCGUGGUGGAGGGUAUUGGACAUCACCCUUACCAAGUGCUUCCAGCGUCUGCCGCAUGACAGGCGCGAGAACAUGCUCUUUGACUUAUUGCACGUUCUACCUACUGCAAUUCGUUCCUCUGACAUCCAGGAGCCUACUGCAGUUCUCCUUUCGGAAGCAGUACUGUCUUGCAUCACGAAGCUACGCGAAGAUCGGCGUCACCAAAUUAUGCUACAAUCCGCCGGCGGAGACACUGACGCAGGCUCUUUGCCUGCAGAGAGACUGUAUGCGCUUCUUCGCAGCAUCCUUGACUGCAUCCUGGACAACAACCGUUCUGAAUUGGUCCGUGGCAACCUAUACGCCUCUUUGAUUAAUUACUUCCACCUUAUUGGAGGGAGUGACCAGAGGUCUUCGGGAGAUGCGUCAUUGGAGACGUUCGGGAAGCACUCGUUAUCGAUGUCGAUGUCGAUGUCAAUGUCGAUGUCCCUCUCCGUUCGCUCCUCGCACGACGAUUUAUCCCUAAAUGAUUCUCGAUCCAUGCGCGGGACGCCAAAGCCUGCAACGAAUACAUCAACGCUAGAGCUCGGUACGCUGGCUGCGCUGAAAAGCGUGCUCGAGAGACUGGUCACGAUCAUAUCUCGGGACGCAAUCGAUGGUACUGAAGUUUGGAAGACUGUUGCUUUGAUGCUGUUGGACUCUCUCGCUCAGCUGUGCCGCUCGGAUAAGUCCCGCAUGUUCCUUACGUCUUUGGUUCGCUAUGGGAUUUUGUCAAACUUUGUCCAAGGACUGAAGGAAGCGGAGUCGCAAAUGCAGUAUGUGCUCAAACCAGACCCAGACGAUCUAAAUCCUUUAUACGUUUACGAGUCAAAGAUGUCCUUCUUGAUACGGAUGGCACAAACGAGGCCGGGGGCAGAACGGUUACUUGAAGCUCGAAUUUUCCCAGUGCUGAGUCAAUGCGAGUUCUUGGAUACAAGGCCAGAAGCGGAUCAGUCAUUUAUGGACCAGGACUCUUUCUUGCCUUCGGCGAUUCAGCGAUACCACCAGCUGUUCAUGCCGGCACUUCAGCUCGUUGCUGCGAUGUUGACGACGUUGGGAGCUCAGCAUGCUACGGCGAGCAGUCAGGCACUCGACUUUUUAUCAAGCCAUCGAGAAACGAUGGUUAUUCUUCUCAAAAAUGAUUCUGAAGAAAUUGGCUUGUCGAUCGUUCAAGAAAUCCAUCUCAUAGUGUCGCUGAGCAGAAGCGUCCUGACGCUCGUUCCAAAAUCUGAGCUAAUGUCGACGAAUUCCGGGUUUGGUGGCAUCCACGGUGCUGUGUUAGGCCUGGCUGCGCGGUGCUUGGGAAACAGAAACUGGAGUCAAGCGGUCAAACCUCAGACGGACGCAGAGGUUUUACGAGCUAGCGUCUUUGCAUCUGGGCAUGGAUCGACUAGUCAAUUUGAUCUGAGUUUGAGGCGCCAGGAACGGUUGCUCCUCAAGGCUAUCGUGGAGUACCUUGGGACUGCUAGUGAAUUCACUGAGCCUGAGAUUACACUGGUGCUUUCUCCUGUCGUCACGGUUCCUCGACACGAUGAACGGUCGUCUCGUUUCGUAGCUACGAUACCGACGGUCGGCGAUGCUAUUGAGGCACUGAGUGGACUCUGCGACGAUCUUUCAGAGACGUUGAAACAGAUAGCUGACUUGUCUGCUGAACUGUCCUCACGAGACCAUAUUCGAGUUGACAACAUCCAAGAGAUCGUCAGCGUGUCUGAUCCCGCAUUCCUCCAAGAUCUAGACAUCGCGCAGAAAAGGUCGUUAAUAUUCAGAGAGUAUGAGCGGUUCAGGAACGAGGCUCAAGAUGAGGUCAAAAACAUGCUCGGCACCACUGAGAUGGUAUUACUGUUGCUAUGGCGCCAUCUCGUGAGCUAUGUGGAGCGCGACUUGUCGAGCGGCGCAACUGCGGCGCCAGUUAUAAAUAUGAAGAGCACUCUCAGGCUUCUUCCACCCCCGGACUCUGAUUCGUUCAAGGCGAACGCGGGCAAAAAAUUGAUUGGUGCUCUCGCGAGGUUAUCAACGUUGGAUCUGACGGUGGAUACGCUGGGAAGUGAGUGGCAGUCAUACCAGGGAUAUAUUGAGAUUAUGUCACGGAGGUUGAGGGAUACGGUUGGGUUGCAUGAGGCUUUGGAGUAGAUGGUUCGUUGUUGUCGUCGUUUGUUGUAUUCAAAAGUAUCGCAUUGCGCUUAUGAUGGAUUGAUCGAUGUCGUUGGAAUGAAUAACGAGCAAGUACUAGAU